AUGGCCGCAACUUUACCAGCGGAAAUUAUUAACAACGAAUCUUCCACCCCACGUCUCUUCAACAAGUGGAGUUACGAAGAAGUUGAAUCCAAGGAACUUUCUCUUGCUGAUUAUCUUCAAAUCAGUCACCCAGUUUACCUUCCACACACUGCUGGUCGUUACCAAGUCAAGAGAUUCCGUAAGGCUCAAUGUCCAAUUGUUGAACGUUUAACUAACUCUCUUAUGAUGCACGGACGUAACAACGGUAAGAAGCUCAUGGCUACCCGUAUCGUUAAGCACACUUUCGAAAUCAUUCACCUUCUUACUGACCAAAACCCAAUUCAAGUUUUACUUGAUGCUAUUACUAACACUGGUCCACGUGAAGAUUCUACUCGUAUUGGUUCUUCCGGUACUGUCAGAAGACAAGCCGUUGAUGUUUCUCCAUUAAGAAGAGUCAACCAAGCUAUCUGGCUCCUUACCACUGGUGCUCGUGAAGCUUCCUUCAGAAACAUUAAGACCAUCGCUGAAUGUCUUGCUGAAGAAUUAAUCAACGCUGCUAAGGGUUCAUCCAACUCUUACGCCAUCAAGAAGAAGGAUGAAAUUGAACGUGUCGCUAAGAGCAACCGUUAA